CACUCGUCCGGGGACUACCUCAGUCAGUGAGGUGGUGUUCGCCAGUCGUGUGUGGUGUGCGUGGCUCCUCGUGGUGUCUCUUCUUCUGCUUCCACCUCCUGCACCCAUCUGCGGCAUCGUCGUCCUGGAGUUAGACCAGAACCAGGAUUCUGGCCUCGUGGAUCAAGAGCGAACCCCUUAAAGGAAUCGCUCUUUCGCUCGCUACCUCUUUGUGUCUUUCUCUUUUUCUCUCUUGGUGGCUCCGGUAGCCUUGACGGGCGCCAGCCAGACUGGACACCAGGCGUUUAACCCGGCCUGGCCUGGCAAACACACGUGCGUGAAGGAGACACUCGCGAAUUCGUCUUGGGAAGGAAAUUCUUCGAAUCCAAUAAGGGUUUGACGGUGAGAAAACGACAGAAUGUGCCAUCGGUGAUCGUCGGGUGCGCGUGGCGAGUGUCGAAAGGAUGUCCACGACGGAUGUGGUCCACAUCGUGCAGCAGGGAGCUGAUGAAGACCAGAGGAGGCUGAAGGCUGAUCUACAGUACCUGAGAAGAAGGGGACUGCUCAAGGCGUCCGGCAGCAACGGCGGCGAGCUAUCCCAUCAAGGACGCAAAUGCGCGCGAUGCGGCGCGCCGUUCGGUAGAUUUUACAACACCGGCGCGAGGUGCACGCGUUGCAGACACCGCGUGUGCAGGCAGUGUCGCACCGAGAUCGGAAACGCAACGGCCGACAAAGAGACCGAGUGGAUCUGCAACAUUUGCUACAAGAUCGCAGAAUUACACUUGGUUACUGACAAGUGGAUGUACGAAAGUCCAGUUUCCAGUGGAUCCGUGAACGAGAAAACAUCGUCCUUUCCAGUAGACAUACUAAAUCGUAGCAUCCGACGAGCUUGGACGAUUAAUGGUCCUCCGAUACGUUGGUCAGCUGCGAGAAAAUCCCCGGAACUGCGCUUGUAUCGAAGUCUGCCGUCCCGUCAUCAAGACUAUCGAGAGCCGCUGGAUGACUCGGGCUUCGACGAUAGAACAUUGUCGAAACUCGAAGAUGCGCGAGAGGACAGGGACUGCAAGGACGUCGAGGACACGGAGGACUGCGCGAAUGUAGACGAAACGCUCGAGAAGAGCGCGUCGAUUAAUGAACGAACGAAACGCGAGAAAUCGACCGGUAAAUCCGAGGACGAAGUGUCAUCGCCGGACGCGGGAAAAUUCAGCAAGAAGAGGGAGCGAUCGGGCAAGGAACAGGAGGAGUCCUCGCAGGAGCACAACGCCCCGAGAAUCUCCCUGAUAAAACCGCCGAGGAUACUUGCGAAAUUCAUAUCGUCCGAGACGAAACCGAGCCCGACGAAGCAUGGCGAGAGGAAGUCGAAUAUUCCUAUUUUCAGGAGGAGCUCCAAGGAAUUCGAGGACAUCCGAAGUCCACAGGAGUCGCCCAAGCGAUCGCUCAUCCCUCAGAGAUACAGAGGAAGCACCGAUGACUUGCGUCGCAGUCGCGAGGACAUAAGCGUACCGAGUCUGAUCCCGAAAUUGUUGUCCUCCCGCAGCAAGGAGGAGCGAUUGAAACGGCAAGACAGCAAGGACGACAUUCGUUACUCAUCGAAAUCAGGACGAAAGGAGGAGACCAAGUCCUCGUCGCUCGUCAUCGGCAAGGACGAAGCCGGCAAAUUGGGAAUAAGGAUCUUUCGCCGCGACAAUAGUCGCGAAGACGUGGGCAGAGACGGCACCAAUCUGAUCAAGGAAUCCGCGAAAGGCAAGCAGCAGGAGAAGCAAGAAAGAGUGGAGAACGUGGGCGGCACAACGAGAUCGAGAGUCGGAGUCGAGCAGAGCAGAACGAGGUGCGAGGACGGCAGGAACGACAUCGAGGAACUGUCAUCGAGCAACGAGGCGGCGAUCGAAGCCUCGUCUCUCGAACAGCAUGAAAUAAUAUUGCUGGACGACGCGAGGAUGCUCGACGUCGUCGUCUCGGAGGACAGCACCCAGGACGAGCGGAUGCGAGACCGGGACACGAUGGUCAUGGGCGAGGAAGUGAUAAACGAGAAGCGUUUGCUGGCGACUCCAGAAUCGCUCGAGUCAGUUGUGGAGAACGAUAAGGAGCGGAACAAUAAUGAGGAGGAGACGAGGAACACCGCCGAUCGAUUGUUGGACGUCGGCAGCGACGCAGGUGACGUCAUUGGUGAAAGAAAGGGCCCGCUGGAGAUCGGCUAUGGAAAGAGGACGGACGAGUUCCAAGUGGUGCGGCGAAAAUUCUCCAAGGAAGAAUUCUCGAAUCCAGACGACACCGACGACACUCCGAAUAAGCGUUGUUCAAGCCAUUUGUCGCCGGAAGCGAGUCCGCUGAGCACGAGAUCUUCGAGAUACAGUCCUCGGGAGAGCGAAAGCGAACCCACUCCUGCAUUGCCACGUAAAACCGGAGGAGACUCCUGCUCUGCGUCCCAAAGGAUACGCGACACCAUUACGAGAACCAGGAGGGAAUCCAACAGUAGCACGAGAUACGAGAGCAGCGGUAGCGAGAGUGUCAGAUUAAGCGAGACCGGCUUGCACGGAUACGUGGAGCUGGCCAGGAAGGUGAAAUUUUUCGGUGGUAAUGGCAGCGGCGCGAUUUCGUCGAUGAUCGGCGGUGACGAGAUGGUGCAACGUGACAGUGCAACGAGUGCAGGCGAGGAUGAGAGCAACAAGGACGGCCACGAUAGAACAGGCUCGCUUCCUUCCCAGGGAAGGACAAUGCUGCGACGAAGACGGCAAUUCGAUGCUCAAGGUUCGCGACGACGCGGAAGGUCGCACGCGAGAUCGUCCUGUUGCGCCAGCGAGGACCUGCAGAGCCUGCAGACGUUGAACCUGAUCGGCCGCGGAGGUCGACAGCGCAGUCCCAAUCCGCUCGGUCCGGAGCAGGCAGCAUCCGCGGUCGACUACAGGAGGCUCGUGUUCAUCAGCUCGGACUCGUCGUCCGGUCGAGAGGAGGACGACGCCGACAGCAGCUGCUCGAGCUCGUCCUACCUGAACGGGCUGCCGCGCAACGGCGGCCAUCAUCAUCAUCAUCAUCAUCAUCAUCACGCGCAGUCGCUCGAGGACUGCGACUGGGACUACUUCGAGAGCGGUUCUCUGCCGCUGCCGACGACGCCGACCGUCACCGUCCCAGCGGACGUCAUCAACGUCGGCCAGGACGUCUGGAGUUGCUGUCCGGGACGUGGCUCCGCCGCCUGCCAGGCUUGUGGCGGCUCCCGAAGCGCGAACGUGCUCCCGGUGCCGGUGCCGAUCCCGGUCCCGGUCCCGUAUCCCGUGCCGGUACCGGCCGCCCUGUGGACCGGCGACUUCGCGGCGGCCGCGUCAUCGAUGAUAAGCCGCGGCGAGUCGAGCCACGCCGAGUCGGGAACCCUGAGGUUACGCGGCGACCCGGCUGCACCCUGGUUCGCCUGGCACCCUCGUUUCAACCAGCCGUUACAUGGCGCGCGUCUGGACCCUCGGCUCGCCGGCACCUUCGACCCGACGACCUGCACCUUCCAUCCACCGGAGCAGAUGAUGACCCCAAGGCUGUACGGGCCGAUAACCGAGACGUCGGCGAACCCUGAAGCUUCCCAGGACGUGAGAGACGAAGCGAAAAUCGUGUCGAGGACCGAGGAGGUCCUCAGGAAAGAGGAGAAGAAUAAAUCCGAUUGUUCCAUCGUGAAGAGUAGAUUGGAAGAGGCGAAGAGCUUGAAAGAGGAAUGCAAAAGGGAUGACGAGGAGGUUGAAGAAGGCAACGAGGAGGCAGCCUGCGAGGACUCCUUGUCGUCGUCCUUCGAGAGAAGCGGGAUGUAUCAGCAUUCGCGAGAGGACUCGGGCAGCUCGUCCGGAAGAUCGUCGGCUGACAGCAGCGACCUUGAAGAGGACUCGAGCUCGCCGCACAGGUUCUCCAAGGUGUUUGUGGUGAACGACGAUUCGCUCACCAGCGACAACGACAUCGAGGAUAACGCGGAGGACGAUUCGGAUUUCGCGGCCGAAGGCGGCGUGACCUUGAAACGCGUCAGCGCGAUUCCCGAACAGGAGCCGGUGGUGCUGCAACACGUGAGGCUGCUAAGCGAGGACGUUCUCGUGGACGGUAAAUCGGAAGUGAGCGAGAAUGAAUUGAGAGAGUCCAGGAGGCUGGAUGAAUCUGUCGCUGAUUUGGCGAACAAGCGGAAAAAUCGUAGCAAGAAGAACGGUACUGAUAACAGCGAUAAGCAACUUCCUCUCCUACUACAGCGUCGAUCGAUCCCUGAGGAAAUGUAUUUAGCCGACGAUAACGAAUGCUCCGAUAAUCGAAUCGAAUUGAAGUCCAUCAGAAUGCUCGAUCCCGACAGUAUCGAUUCACCUGUAAACAUCUCGAAGACAGACACGGGACCGAUCGAGUCAAGGUCAUCCGAGAGCGACGUCUGGGAUCCGACUAUCGUUCCGGAUUCCCUCGAAAUCUCCGGAGUUUCCUCCGAAAUGUCAGUUCUCGAGGAAUCGAGGAAUCGUCAAGAAAAAUCUCGAGCUUACGACGUCGAACAGAUUGCGAGAUUGAUCGCAACGAACGAUUGCGCGAGACUGGGAGAUAAGAAGCUACGUUUAUCGGAGGCGAAUUGUUCGAACGGCGACGUCAUUAUCGACACGUCGAACGACAGCUGCACCAGCAACGAGAUCAGCAGCGACGAGCUUCACGAGUACGAGGUGACCCAGGUCGAAUCCUUCUUCAACUACAGCAACGGCAAGUUAUUCGAUCAUCAAAUCGACCAAGAAAAUAGCUCGCGUCUUCCCAGUAAUCGCGAUGGCAAAGGAAGCCCGACGAUGCUGAAGAGUGGCGCGAAACGGAGCGUUCAGUUCGAGAAGUCGAUCGACGAGCGAGUUUCGAGCGACUCGAUAAAGACAACGAUCGAUAAGGAUGAUGGCGAUGCUGAGGAGAAUGCUGAAGACAAUGCUGAAGACGAUGCUGAAGACGACGACGACGACGACGACGAGGGUUAUCGUUCCGUUACGUGUCGUCGUCAAGAUGGCGGGACCAGAGACAACGACCCGACGGAACAGGUAGGAGUCGACGUGGGCGACGCAAUAACCAGCAGCAGGAUUCAGGAGACGUCGAGGAGCUCGGAGGAACAAGGUGGCGCGGGCGGCAAGAUCAACACUGCGCAUGACGGCACGGUGAGAGGCGAGAUUGUCGUUCAGGUGGGAGGAAAUAGUGAUGGUAACAGUGAUAGCGGUGGUGGUGGUGGUGGUGAGAGCGCCGAGGAAGGAGACGCGACACGGUUUCGCUCAGUCGAGCGACGCCCGUGCACUCGGCAGGAGAAUGGAUUUCCAGCUGACGUCGGUCCAACGUCGGCGAAGGAUCUUGCGAGAGACCCAGCCCAGCACAACAACAGCAAUAACAUUCACAACGUCAACAACAACAGCGGCGGCAACAACAACAACAACAAGUACAGAAGCCUCGUGAUGAUUACCCAGGAAGCCUCGUACCAACCGGUGAGCGUCGUCACGUCGGACACUACGACGCUCCUGCAACCAUUGGAUGAGAUCCAUUCGGUCGGGAGCCAAGGCGGCCUGGCCAGUUACUUUCAGCUGGCGCUGGAAGCGGCGAGCGAGCCGCAGCCUCAGCGCAAGAACGCUCCGCGAAAGGUGCCUUUGAUGGUGAAGAAGCUGGCGGCGGUCGUGGGGCAUCAAUCGGCGGAGCUCGAGGCGGACAGCGGCUUGAGUGUCGGCAGUGCCAGUGAAAGUGACGACGUGUCCGCGUCGAAGAACGUGCCAAAGUCCUACGGUUGCCGGCAGGAGAGCCAAGAUGACGUGUCCAAUAAGGAUUGUCGCGAGAGUGCGCGAACGCGCGCCUCGUCACAGUCCAGCGAUGAGACGUCCAGCGCCGGCGGGGUCAUCAUCCUCGAGGAGGGUCUGGCCGACGAUGACUCCUGGGUGGAGGAGGUGUCCCACGACGAGGACGAGCCGGGCGCGACCACUGCCACGGAGGAGAGCUCGGAGGACGAAGCUAACAAUUUUGGGGAUCGCGAGGAGGAGCUCAGAGGCUAUCGCAGGCAAGCGAUCGAUUUUACUCUGCACACCAUCGUCGAGGAAUCCUGCGAGGAAAGUGAGACGGAGCCGAGUUUGACCGCGGGAAGUCCCUCGAAGAAGCCGAGACCGCCUUCCGCGUCGGAGUUGGAGAAGUAUUUCUUUUUCGGGUUAGGAGGCGAUGGGAAUAAUUCCAGCAUGGGCUCGCGCGAGGUCGACAGCCUGUCAGAGACCUCGUCGAUCUACUCCGAGGGUCUGGAAUCGCUGGGUCAAGAUGAAGCCAACGGUCAGAAUCAGGAUAGAUCGAACACCAGUGACGGUUUCUUGAAUUCUUCCAGGUUGGAGAAAUAUUAUUUAUCCGAGUUCCUCGGGUUCGAUCAGGACAGAAGAGAUUCCGACGGUUCCGUGGGCAGCGACUCCGAAGGUAGACCCAGUCCGGAAGCGCAGAGGAGAAAAAAAUUGGUACGCGCGAGAGGCACCGGCAGAUCUCACAGUUCCUCUUUGGAUAAUUUGCUGGCGCUCACGCAGACCUCGCAGAACUUGAGCUCGCAAAAUUCCCUCCAGGAUCUGAGUCUCAAUCAGGACGCGCAGGAGACUCAGUCCGAAGGUUCCUCCACGGAGACCGACGGCACCGACGACGGACAAACCGCGGUCUUCGGCACAGACGGUCAGUUCGACACGGUGAAGCGGAAGAAGAAGAAGCCGCGGAAUCUGGGAACUCAGAGUCCACGUGUCCCGGAUGAUCGGAACAAGACGCCGGAACCCAGUAGGGAAAUGAUGCUGAUGAACGAGAUCGUGAUGGAGAACGACAACGAGGCGAUGAACUCCGAGGACUCGGACAGAGCGAAAACUCCGCAGCCGGAAUCCAUUCUAUCCUCGUCUUCCUCGCCGUCUACCCUCACGAAUAGCAGUAACACGUUGAACACGGCCUCGUCUUCGCAGAUGGACUCUUCGAGGAGCUCGGUUACCGUGAACUCGAGCGACGGGCAGCGAUCGAAGCAGCAAUCGCGGGACUCGGGCUUCGUCGGCAGCUGCGACGAUCUUCUUCAGCAUCAGAAGCUACCGGACGAGAGCCAGACCUGCGGGAUGGAGCUGGAGCAGGAAGUCGGCAAGGAUCGCUUGCUCAACAAGAUCUCGGAGCACUCUCAGAACUCGAAUCGGAGUUCCGUAGACGAAGGUGGUGCCGCCAACGCGGAGAGAAACGUGGCGAAGCAUCCGGUGAACCAUGCGAGUCUGCCGCAUCUGGCGAACGCUUCGCUGUCGCGCAAGGACAGCUUCAACAACUGGUCCAGCGACGAGGAGACGAAUCUCAUGAUGUCGAAGAUGCGGCAGUUCUUCAAGACCAUGGUCGCCAAUUCGAACGGACAGGCGCCACCGGGUCAGAGCGUCGCGAACUCCAGCGGAGUCUCUCCCGCUCCGAGUCCGCGACUUCCCGGUUACGCUUCGAAGGCGCGUCUCUACGCGCAGAAUAAUCGCACGAAACCGCCGCAGCUGGUCUACUUCGAGAACGAGCUCACGCGACUGAUGAAGACGGUCCCGGGGAUACGCGACGAGCAGGUGCGAGAGAUUGUGGAGUACCUCAGCUCGGAAGACACGUGGUCGGACUCAUAUGACAGCUCGGAUUACACCAGCUCCGACCUUGAGGGCGCCGCCAGCGGGCGUAGAUCGGCUCUGCAGGAGCAGAUCUCGCAGAGCUGUCAGCAGAUCAUCAGCAAGUUCGACACGACAUCCGGCGGGACCGGAAGUGGCGGCAACAACGGCGACGUGACGCUCUCGGACAAGGAUAAAGGCCCGCGCUCUGGUACCGCGAUGCAAAACGCGCCCUGCCUGGGCAGAGACACCGCGUUCGUCUACCAGAAGCUGGUCCAGAGCUUCACGAAGAUGGCGGGCGACGGCGUGAGCUCGGACGCCAACUCCACGCCGCACAGCAGCCCGCCGUUGAUCGCCAAAGUGAUGCACCACAUUGGUAGCAGGUUGGUAGCGCUGAUGCACGAGGUCUCGGAAGGUGGUCCCGCCGCGCAUCAUCACUCCACCACCUGGAGACGGUACUCCCAGCAUCAUCGGACCCCGUCUUCGACGUCCACCACCGAGGACGACGAUUCGACCUCCGAUUCCGCGAAUACACCCUCGUCGGCGCAUCUGCAGCUACCCAGGUCCAAGUCCCACGAUCCUUUGCUGCUGAUCAACAGUCAGCCGGCGGCCUCCGCCGGAAUCUGCCAGGAAGGCGAGGAACGAGAGGCCAGUGAUUACGAGAGAUUUUCCUGGCGAGGUAGUUUCGAGUCGGCCCUGAUGGCCGCCGAUUCCAGGACGAAAUUGAGCCUGUUGGCGUGUUCCGGUGACGUAAGUGCUGGUGGUGCCGGUGGUGGAAGUGCUAGUGCGAGUGCGAGUGCUCUGGCCGCGAAACGACGCAGCGCCGGCGACCUCUUGUUCAACCCGAAGAGCUUCUCCAGGGAGCAGCUGGACAGGGUGAGAAGCUGCGGCUCGAUCGGCGGCGGAAGUGGCGGCGGAAAUAGCGGAACCGUCGGUGGCUCCGUUGAAGAGAGGAUCUGGAGCAACCGGAGGAGAUCCUCCGUUCCUGAUGCCAAUACCAGAGGAGAGUCAGGUGCAUCGGCCGGCGACGAGGACACCGAGGAUGAGCUGGAAUACGGCGGGGAAUCGCGAGCGACGACUCUCCCACGUGGCAUGCAAUCCGCAAUCAGUGCGGCUACGAAUUCUCUGCCGCGACUGCCGGCCGGAUCCGGUCCGCCCACCGGUCUGACGACGAUGACGUCGACGAUGUCGUCGACGUCGUCGUCCGCGUCGCCGAUGCACAAGGCCCACAGCGUCUACCACUUCCUGCCGCAGCACAGCAGCGUCAAGUCCGCCCGGUAUCGGCCACCCGGCUUCGCCAGGAACAGCAACGUAGGGCCCGGCGCGAUCGGGCCCAAACGCGCCGUCAGCGCGCCGGGUCUUCAAGUUUCCGGUUCGCAAUCGGCCGCCGGAAAGCGGGACAACUCGCGGUCCAGGAGAUCGCAGCAGGCGAUGUCUCUCACGUCGGAUGAUGGAAGCAGCUUGUCAGAGGCAUGCAGCACACCGAUUAUCGGAGCAGGAUCACGAGCAGGAUCUAGUCAUACAGUGAUAGACAUGGACGAUAUGGAUCCGAGCCAUCUCGCUACUCGCUCGUCUCUGUCGAGUCUUGGAGCACGCUCGGACUCGAUGGCGUCGGUAUACAGCGGUGCGGGCGAGGGACGUUGCUGUCGAUCCGUGGUCGUCACGGGCGAGGUGGAGUUUGCCUUACAGUACGACUAUAAGAAUCUGACGUUUGAGGUGCACGUGACCAAGUGCAAGAACCUCGCGCCCGUCGACGUGAAGCGCAAACGAUCGGAUCCGUACGUCAAGGUAUAUCUCUUGCCGGACAAGUCGAAGAGUGGCAAGAGGAAGACAAAGGUGAAGAAGCACACGUUGAAUCCGGAAUUCAACGAGACGUUAAAGUUCCAUAUGAGCCUGAGCGGCCUGGAGACGAGAACGCUAUGGUUGACGGUCUGGCACUCGGACAUGUUCGGUCGCAACGACUUCCUCGGCGAGGUGCGAAUGCCCCUGGAGAACAAGAUAUUCGACGACCCGGCGCCACACUGGUAUCCCCUACAAGAGAGGACGGAACCGUUCGAUGAUCCGGUUGCAUACAAGGGCGAGGUGAUUGUCGGCCUGAAAUUCGUGCCGCCGGAUCCGGCGCAGCAAGAACGCGAUCGAGAGAGCGGCGUGGAACGUGGAAGUUCCAAGGCGAGGAAAAACUGGAGCCGCGGCGCUCUCCACGUGCUUGUCAAGGAGGCCAGAAACCUGCAAACGCGCGGCAAGAAUUCAGGCACCUGCGAUCCCUUUUGCAAAAGCUAUUUGCUUCCCGACAAAGGCCGAUCUGGUAAGCAAAAGACCGGCGUCGUUCGUAGAUCUGGUGGUUCGCCAGUUUGGGGACACACGUUUAUCUACAAGGACGUCAGUUUGCAAGAAUUAGCAGAACGUGGAUUGGAAUUAACAGUCUGGGAUCACGAUCGAAUCGCCAGCAACGAAUUCCUCGGCGGGGUUCGAUUUAAUCUCGGCACUGGGAAGCAUUAUGGGAAACCGGUGGAUUGGAUGGACGCGACCGGUCGCGAAUUAUCUCUGUGGCAGAACAUGCUGGAGAGACCGAACUUUUGGGUCGAGGGUGCAGUGACGUUGAGGCCAAAUUUGCACAAUCACGGGAAGAGCAACGGCUCUUAAAAGCAGCAACGAAACGCGAAUCAUUUCCGAGAAAGAGAGGAAAGUCCGAUCCGGAAGUGCUGAUUUAGUCCAAGUCGAUUAUUGUACAUAGCUCUAAAAACGUCGCGCGUUAUUCUAAAUAAUCGUGAAUAAUAAUGAAAAAUCAGUGCCUUCGGGAGCAACGUAAACUCGAAUUUUUUGAACGAGCCUAGAAAAUGUCCUGCGAACUUCCGGUCCGCUGCGAAGAUCAUCAUCAAUUCAGUAUAUCAUUUUUUGUCGCGAUUCUGAAUUCUUUUUUAUAUAAUCUAGUAUAAUAAUUAUGUAAUUAUGUAAUCUUUUGGGUUUUUCGUUUAUUCUUAUUUCGCGUUAUUAUUUUCUAUAUAAAUCAUUUUCAUAUAAAAGUUUCAUAAAAUUUCUAUUAUAUAUGAUUUCUGAUAAUCACAUUGUACAUAACAAAUGAUUGCUUUCUUGAUUUCUUUUUAGCAAUAUGUUUUAUUUUUAUUUUAUUACCACAUUUUGAUAAUUCUAUUAAAAGAAUCUUAUUUCUUGAUGAAAAUUAGACAAUUCAUUUGUUCUUAUAAGUCACUUUUCCUUGAUUCAUUUAGCGAUAAAAAUUCUAAAAGAAUUGAUUAUACAUUAGACUGUUUUGCUAUUUCCUACUUGUGUAUUUUUUCAUUGUAUCUUCCUUUAUGCAAAGCCGGAAUUCGUAACAACUACAUUAAAUAACAUAAUUGACGUGCCAAACUUGAAAAGUUGUGGCGAAUUCAUGCUGCGAUUAAUUUCCUUAAUAUUUAUAUAUUUUUCAAGUUGAAGUUAUACAUUAUUAGAUAACUACUUGGCUAGUUUCGAUGUUAUUGUGUCUUAAAAAAUACUAUUUAAUUUCAUAAUUCAAAAGUUUCCUUUCUUUGCAAAUUCUUAUCAAAAUCAAAACGAGAUAUAUUUUGUUUUCUAUUUGGAAGCUGCUGCACGUUAUAUAUUUUUCCUUAUUAUUUUCGAUUGUAAUUAUUAUGAAGGGAGAAUGAAUUCCUAGAUAAAUAUAUACAAACUAUGCAAUUAAUCUCGUGCAAUAUUAUAAAUCAUCGAUAUUCUUGAAAAAAUAUUUUUAGGUUCUUAAAAAAUCCCGAAACGGGAAUUUAGGAGCAAAAGUUCGUCCGUCCAAACAUUUGGCGGAAUGAUUGUCAGCAUCUACGGAUAUGUAUGUAGUAAAUUCUUCGCUAUUCGCGAAUAAAUAAAUUAGAAAUGAAUAAGUUCUCGUUAAGUUCUAAACGUUGAAUUGCGAAGCGUUUCCAAAAUUCUAUCUCAUAGAAAAGAUAUCUGAAAAAUGAUUUGACGUUACAUAAAAAUAAUUAAAAAUUUUGUACAACUACGAAAAAAUACAAAAAA